AUGUCUAACAUGCAUCAUGUCCUUCAGACUUUGGGACAUAUUGGGAACAUCCCUAUAAUCAAGGAAAGAGUGACACAUUUGCCAAUUCAGAGGCUCAAGCUGUGCCCACGGAUGGGUGACUCCAAGCAUGUAGGAAACCAGAGGAGGCCAAAUCACAGGGCAGCACGAGGCCCAAGAGAAGCCUAUGAUGGUCUGAUCUCCCUGGGAGAUGACCAGUUCAGACUGCUAAAUCCAUUAGAGGAAGCCAUCAUCCAAACAAAGCAGCAACCUGACUUGUUCAAUAGAGAGUACACGGAAAAAAAAAGGGACAGUGCUUCUGACACUUUUACAUCUGAACAAAUUCUUAGCCAUGUGACACAGGGGUCUCAGGUGUCCUGGGACGCAAGGCUCAGCUCUUUCCUCCGUCAAACAAUGAGCAGAACCAGACAUGGAUUAGUAGGAGUGAAAAUGGUAGUGAAAGCACGGGCUGAACUCCACAAGAGAUGUUGGCUCCAGCAACCAUGCAACGGAAGCUGGCAUGGGACCAGAGGUUUAUCACCAAAGGGCAAUGAAGAGUCUUCUGACGGUGUACAUACAGAUGAGCAAGAAACUUUCUCAUUUUUGUCUGAUUUAAUUAACUUAUUCCAGUUUAAUUCUUCUUACACUAGGUUGUUUGACAUUCUUGUCUGGAAGAGGAGUGAAAACAUCUCUGAGGUUUCACGGUUUGUACUUCUGGGCCUGUCGUCUUCCUGGGAGCUGCAGUUAUUUCUCUUCCUAGCAUUUUUACUGAUUUAUGUUGUUAUUGUCCUGGGAAACCUCCUGAUAGUGAUGGUGGUACAGGCUGAUGCUCGCCUGGUCCAGUCACCCAUGUACUAUUUCCUAAGCCAUCUGUCUUUCAUAGACCUGUGCCUGAGCUGUGUUGCUGUACCCAAAAUGCUAGGAGAUUUCCUACAGAAGGAGAAGACAAUAUCCUUCUCAGGAUGCCUGUCCCAGAUCUUCUUUCUUCACUUUCUGGGAGCCAGUGAGAUGUUUCUGCUGACCGUAAUGGCCUACGAUAGGUAUGUCGCCAUAUGCAACCCUCUGCACUACCUGGCAGUCAUGAAUAACCACCUGCGUCUUCAGUUGGUGUUUGCCUGCUGGUGUGGAGGUUUCAUCCACUCUAUCACACAGCUCGUGAUCGUCAUCCAGCUGCCUUUCUGUGGUCCCAACGAACUGGACAAUUUCUACUGUGAUGUCCCCCAGGUCAUCAAGCUGGCCUGCAUGGAUACUUACUUGGUUGAGGUGCUGAUGGUCUCUAACAGUGGCAUAUUGUCUCUUGCCUGCUUCUUGGUCCUACUCUUCUCUUAUGCUCUCAUCCUGCUGGCUCUGAGAACUCACCUCCAUCGGGGCCAGAGCAAGGCCCUGUCCACCUGUGCCUCUCACCUGACGGUGGUCAGCUUGAUCUUUGUGCCCUGCGUGUUCAUCUAUUUGAGGCCAUUCUGUGCCUUCUCUGUGGAUAAAGUGGUCUCUGUGUUUUACACGGUGAUCACGCCUAUGCUGAACCCCCUCAUCUACACACUCAGAAAUGCAGAUAUGAAGCGAGCUCUAGAAAAGCUGAGAAGGAAGCAGGUGACCUCUCAUGGCCUUGUGAAGGGAUGA